AUGCCCCCUAUCGAUCUUGACGAAAACGAUGUUGUCGAUUUGACGCUGGAUGAGUUCCAGAAUGAAGAUAAUGUUAUUGACCUCACACUAGAGAAUUUCGAGAACCCGGACAUCGACUGGCUCUCGAAUCACAAUGACGACUUUGACGGUAUGUUUGGCGACGCCUUUGCUCCGAGGGAGCCUCACACAACCGCCACCACCACUCAUGAUACACCUAAAAUGUGGACCAAGUUUGGUGAGAUGGAGGAGGAGGAGGAAGAGGAAGAGGAAGAGGAAGAUGGCAUGAGUGUCAUGGAGCGGGUUGACCUGUCACCUAGCCCACCCACCCAGAGUCCUCCUAACUGCGGCUCAAGUCCCGAAACCCUUUUUGAGGACAUUUAUCCUGAAAUGCCUAAACUUCCUGAAUCCUGUGUCAUGAUAGCUGCAGAUCCGGAUCUCGAAGUUGGUGAUGCAGAUGAGGGUGCUUCAGCUGAGGUGGUGGAACAAGAAGAUAUUACAAUGGAAGAGACGCCGGACGUCCCUCUCAGCGAUAAUAUGAGCGUUGAGCUCCCCGAAAGUCUGCUCUUGGUACCGAGGUCAUAUUACGAACCAUUCGAACCGGGUGUCCCAAUCCUUAAGGAACGCGAGGCUGUCGCUCGACUGCUUGAGGUGGCCGAAGAGGCCGGUCAGGGUAUUGACUUUGACGACUUUGUUGAGUUCCAACUUAAUGAUUUCGCAGUCUACUCCGACCGUCAAAGAUACGGCCAGGAGAUGUGCUCUCUCCACCACCUCCAUACAAAACACGGUUUCAAUACUGUGUUCUUUGACGGAAAGUUGAGUGUUGGUAGUACUGUUUUCUACAUUCACAGCGUGGAAAUCAGCGCAUUACCGAUCGAGAACUACGGUACAUUAUCAAAGCACACUGUCAGAGACAAGAUUUGGGUACGGUCAGUUUUAAACUCAGAACGCGAGAUAUACUACCGGUUGAACACCCCUGCCAAGGAAUAUCGUCGUUUCUUUGACCCGUUCCUGUGGGUUGCAGAUCUCGCAAAGCAUUUCGUGGAUUACCUCAAGUUCAAAGGGGAGAAAGACGAUCAAGUUACGAUCUUCCAUUUUAGAUCAAAUUUCAGCAUUUGGCUGGCGAAAAUGCACCGCAAUGCACCAGAUUUCAUCUCGUGGAAAGGGCAGCACAUAAACGAUGAUUUUAGGACGGCGAUUGUGGCCAAUGUUACAUUUUUACACAAGGAAGCAAUCGGUGUUCUUGGGCACAGAAAAACAUACAAGCACGUUAUCUGGGCCGAGGUAUGGGAAUUUACGCGAUACAAACUGUGCCCAAAGACUGUGCCCAGCGAAGACGCAGAUACUGUCGUCACCCAGUACAUUUACGACUGCUUCAGUCAUCAACCCUUCGGCCACCGUCUCAAGGCCAUCCCUCUAAGCGAAACGACUCAGUCUUUACGAAAUGCACUAAUCAAACAACGCCAUCUUGAAUUGCCAGCCCCAGUUCAUGAUAGUGCUAAGACCAUGACAAUGGCUGGACAGAAGCAGAUUCGAGCAAUUCGAGCAGGCGAUACGAUCUCGACCCAACGAGAUGCUGAGGGGUCCGGUACGCAAUGGCGACGUGACGUUGCGCAUGGGUUCGAUGACGUCGACCGAUGGUUCGCCCUGGUACAGCGCGUGCGUGUCAACAAGCGUGGCCAGAGAACGUUCGAUGUGAUUUGGUACUAUCGACCCGUGGAUACGCUAUGCGGUCUGAUGAAGUAUCCUUGGAACAACGAGUUGUUUUUGUCGGAUCAUUGCUCUUGUGAUACAAGAGCGAAAAUCUCCGAGGACGAAGUGUCAGGGGUUCACGAAGUCGAGUUUGGGGGGACUUCGGCGACUAAAGCCGAGUUCUUUUGUCGCCAAACAUACAUAUGCGUAGAGCGAAAUUGGGUGACCCUUGAGAAAGACCAUUUUCGUUGCAUUCAUCUGCGCGAGAGUUCUCCUCAGGCGCUGGGGUUGCGAACUGGCGAAACACGGCUCGUCAUGAUCAACAAGACUAGUGGUCGAUCCGAGCCUUGCGAGUUUCUAACCUUUUAUGAGGAGGAAGGCAACGGCAUAUACAGGUUUCGGAAGUUGUUAAGAAGACACCAGGUUGAUCCGGCAUCCAAAGCUCGACCCAACGAGUUGGUGUACAGCUAUGUCGAGCCGCUUGUCGAGGUAAAAAGUUCGCGUAUUCUCGAGCCAUGUUUUGUUCGUUAUUUCAAAGACGGAGAAACAAUACCAACGCCAUAUGACCGUGACGGUGUGGGGGGGUUUUUCUAUUUCACCCACGAACAAGUUUCCGACAAUGAGACUGGAAUGAAGUCAUGUGUUGCGCUAUCCGAACCUCCCUCGUCUAUACAGCAGGGCUACGACCCAUCGCAGUCUAUUCCACGACUGCGAGGCCUGGACCUCUUUUGCGGUGGUGGUAACUUUGGUCGUGGGUUGGAAGAUGGAGGUGCUAUCGAGAUGCGAUGGGCGAACGACUUUGACGCAAAGGCUAUUCACACUUAUAUGGCAAACACUGCAGGGCCUUCUGAGGUAUCUCCAUUCCUUGGGUCUAUAGACGAUCUCCAACGUCUUGCUAUCGAAGGCGAAUUUUCAGACAGUGUCCCACCGAUUGGAGAUGUGGAUUUUAUCUCGGGCGGUAGCCCUUGCCCUGGCUUCUCUCGGUUGACCAACGAUAAAACAACCGCCGCUCAGCGGAAGAACCAGUCGUUGGUAGCAGCUUUUGCGUCGUGCGUGGACCUGUACCGUCCACGGUACGGUCUCCUUGAGAACGUUCCGGGAAUCGUGCAAAAGACCGCUAAUCGAGACCAAGACGUGUUCAGUCAACUCAUUUGUGCUAUUGUAGGCUUGGGUUAUCAAGCACACUUUUUCUUUCUCGAUGCUUCUGCCUGCGGUUCGCCUCAGCGUCGUUCUCGCGUGUUCCUGGCUUUUGCUGCACCAGGCCACCGCUUACCUCACAAACCAUAUCAAACCCAUGCUCACCCGCAAAAUACUUCCAGACUUGCUCUAGGUAUUCUUCCCACGGGUGAACCUAUGGCUGAGCGUGCUAUGCCGGCUGCCACGCCAUUUGACUUUGUGUCUGCAAGUGCUUCCACUGCCGACCUACCCCCUAUCUAUGAUUCAAAACCGGAUAUAUGCGUGCCAUACCCCGACCAUAGGGUGUCUGUAGGCAUAACGCCUCUAAUGCGAAGUAGAAUUCACCUCAUCCCGACUCAACCCUGGGGUAUGAACUACGCACAAGCUUGGUACGGUCGUGACCUGAAAAAGGCUGGUUCAGGCGUCAUGACGCCAAGUGAGCGUCUAGCAUUCCCUGAGCGCACCGAUCAGGGUUUAGGACGAGCAAACCCAAACUCGAAUGCAUAUGGUCGACAACGACCCGACCAUCUCUUUGUGACAAUCGUCAAGACCCAAAGUCCGGACGAUGCGAAGAACGGUCGAACAUUACACUGGCGUGAGCCUCGCGCUUUAACCAUCAUGGAGGCACGACGAGCACAGGGGUUCAGAGACGAUGAAGUCCUGUUGGGUAUCCCAAGUGACCAAUACAAGAUUGUCGGCAACAGCGUUGCGCGUGAGGUCGCGGUCAGCUUGGGUGCUGUAUUCUGCGAGGCAUGGAUUCAGAGCCUCGCAGACGAGCAUCACGUACAGGGUGGUGAUCAUGCCUCCACUGCUGUAGUUCCUUCUGUGGCGCCGGCUCGUAUGGGUGUCGAGAUUUCCCCUAUCACCAAUAUCAGGAGACUUGAGUCCGAGUCAGCCUCUGUCGAAAGCACCCCACGGUCUCGAAAAUCCAGAAGUGAAUCUCGAGUCAAUCAAGUUUCGUCUACACCGAGCUCGACUCCUCCUACUCCUCUUCAACCGUCUACUAAGCAUAGCCGUAUCGCUGUCAAUAUUCGCGGAUCGAAAUCUCUCAGGACAGACGAAUACAACAGCCCUAGCAGGGCCACGUCUACGGCAUCCAGUCGUUCCAAAUCAAGUAGGUUACGGCAUAGCACCACGGGUGAAUAGUUUUGUAUAAACGAAUAUCGGAGCUCAGAAGACUACAUAUAGAAGGAUGUCUUGACAUGCGAACCUGUACUUCGAAUUUUGAGACCUGUGGGCAUCACAAAAUGGGGGGUCUCUCAUGUAGACCAGCUACCUGUCACAGCUAGCUUUGUGGCU